UUUACGUUUAUCCACCAAGAUGGAGGACGAGGUGGAUGUUGACAUCGAAGGAGACGAGUUUGAUAGCAGUAUAAGUGAACUGGGUGGAGGAGGUUUAGUCCAGGAGAAGUUCAUCCAGUCUGCGUGGAAGAGCAGCGCAGGGAUACUGCCAUGGGAGCUGGACAACUCCAUCAGCGCAGAGAACAGGGAGGUGAUAGAGAGGAUGCUGCUGGAGGAACAAUACUACCUGACAGGUGAGGGGACUCCUAACCAGAUUUGGGAAGGUGAUGUUAACCACAAUGCCGAAGUGAAGAAGUCUCCAGCUAAGACCUCGUCCUCGGCCUCAGGCUCCUCUUCUCGUUGGUCCAAAGAGGAGAAAGACCUGUUUGAGGAAGGACUGACUCAGUUUGGUAGGAGGUGGACUAAGAUUUCCAAGUUGGUUGGAAGUCGUUCCAUUCUUCAGGUCAAGAGUUAUGCCAGACAGUAUUUCAAACACAAGGUUAAAUCAGAACCCAGAGCUGCAGCCCCCUCUGCUGGUCCUUCAGCGCCUCUACAACCACCUCAGCCCACCUCCAGUCAUGCAUCCAUGCUUACAAACACUGUCCGCAUAGAGAGGCUUUCUGAUGAAGAGGACGAGGAGGUGGACAUCACUGAUGACCUGAGUGAGGACGGAGAUGCUAAACCGCAGGUUGUGAUCAAAACUGAGAUCUGUGAGCCAGAGCAGCCACAGAGCUCUGAGAUCCAGAAAGAUUCAGAGGAGCAGAAUCAUCUGACUGAGACAAGGGACCAGCCCAGCCCCCGCUCACUGUCUCCACAAAGUCCUCAACACUCCCCCUCUUCCUCAGAGAAGACUAGUGUUACUGGGAUAGAUGAGAAAGACAAUGACAGAGAAUAUCUCCAGCCAGAAAACGUUCAGGCAGCAGCUCAGACAGACUUGGAGCAAAUGACUGAUGAAAUCAAGGGCCAGAGCUCCCAGUCUAAAUACUCAGCAAAGUGGGAUCAACUGGAAGAGGCCUGUGGUGAUGGAACAGAUUCUGCCGAUAAGACCGAGCAGAGUCCAACCGAUGAAGAUCAGGAGGUGGAAGAGUACGAGGAAGAGGAAGAGGAAGAGCUUAAGGUGCCUGAGCAGGAAGUAGAGUUGGAGAUGGACACCAUUACCGAGGAUGAGAAACAAGCUAUCCCAGAGUUCUUUGAGGGAAGACCAUCCAAGACCCCCGAAAGAUAUCUUAAGAUUCGAAACUACAUCCUGGAUCAAUGGUUAAAGAUCAGGCCCAAGUACCUGAACAAGACGUCUGUCCGCCCUGGACUGAAGAACUGCGGAGAUGUAAACUGCAUCGGGAGAAUACACACCUACCUGGAGCUCAUCGGAGCUAUCAACUUCAACUGCGAGCAAGCGGUGUAUAAUCGCCCAAGGGUGUUGGACCGCUCCAAGCAUAAGGAGGGCAAAGAUGUGCUGGAGGCCUACCAGAUUGCCCAGAGGCUGCAGAGCAUGCGGACCAGGAAGCGCCGUGUGCGGGACGUAUUAGGAAACUGGUGUGACUCUAAGGAUUUGGAGGGGCAGACGUAUGAGCAUCUCAGUGCCGGGGAGCUCGCUCUGCGGAGAGAAGAGAUGAAGAAGCACCCCAAACCCUGCAAGAUCCCCAGAUUCAAAGGGUCUUUUGAUCCCUUCCAGUUGAUUCCCUGCAGGUAUUUUGGAGAGGAUGUACAGGAACCAUUCCAGGUUAUUGUGUGUGCAGAAACCCUUCUCAUAAUGGACAUGCAUGCCCACGUGUCUCGAGGGGAAGUCAUUGGCCUGCUAGGUGGAAUUUUCAAUGAGGAAGACAGAGUAUUAAAGAUCUGUGCAGCGGAGCCAUGUAACAGUGUGAGUACAGGUUUGCAGUGUGAGAUGGACCCGGUGUCUCAGACUCAGGCCUGUGACGUGCUGUCCAACCUGGGCUUCAGUGUGGUGGGCUGGUACCACUCACAUCCCACCUUCCACCCCAACCCUUCAGUUCGGGACAUCACCACACAGGACCAGUUCCAGAGUUAUUUCUCGCGUGGCGGCGCCCCCUUCAUCGGGAUGAUCGUGAGCCCAUAUGACCCAGCCAACCCCUCCCCCCACUCCCAAACUACAUGCUUGUUGGUGAAAGAGAGCCAGGAGCCUUCAGGCCCACAGAAGCUGCCCUACAGAUUCGACUUCCUGUCAUCACAAGAUAUUCCAGACUGGGAACAAACAUGGAGGAGAGCUCAGUGGAUCAUCCAUAAAUACAGUCAAACACCAUGGAGUGUGAAGAUGGACAGAUGUUUCCGGAAAGACUCCACUCUCACCUUUCUGGAGAAGAUGCUGUCGUCUCUGGCCAGGUACCUGGAGCCCCUGCCAGAUGAGGAGGGAGACCCCUUCCUCACCCGGAUCCAGGCCCUCUUCCAGUCUGACUUUAUUUCCAAGCAGCAACCGCCUGACCAGGAAGAGGGGGAAUCUUUAAAUAUCUCAUCCAGACCAGUGGACUCAGAUGACUUUGCUUUUGAUCAGCUGAUCAGUGAGGAUAUACCUCCUGAGGCAGGAAGAGGCUCUGAUCCAGAGUCUGGCAGAGCUUCAGACAGCAGUGUUCAGACCACAGACACAUCCUCAGAGAUGAAUAGCAGCACAGUGUUACAUCUGGGCUCUGUGCUGUCAUCUGAACAUGACUAUUUACUGUGAGGGACAACAUAUCAUAAUCUGACUGUACUUGUACGUAAUACAGUAUUAAACAAUGUAUAAACAUGUAUGUAAAUAUGAUAAGGUUUUGUAUCAGUAUUAUCAUUUAGUUUUCUAACAAUUUUAUGUUUUUAGUGAAGUAAUUUAGUCAAAACUAAAUAUAGAGAGAAGUAGAAAGAGAGGAGAUUGGGUUAUUGAAUGAAAAUCAUUUCACAUUCUCAGUUCUGCAGGUUCCUUUUUAAACGGGAAAAUAAAAUCUAUUUUCAUA